CGCAGAACGUUCGCCUUUGUGACGUCACGGAGUCUGACAAACGGAACGUUCUACUAGAUCGUGGUAUUAAUAUCCUUGCGCAUCCUCAGGUGGAGAUUGGCAGCUUAAUGAAAGAGAAUGAGUUACCUCCGGUCACUUGUCACUAACUUAAAACCGUCUGGAAUUGGUUUGCUGGUGAAACAGACUGCUAUACUGAGGACAACACACCCGAGAUGCUAUGUGUAUUCAUCAGGAGCCAAAGAACCAUUUUUAAGUGGAAAUAAUUCCAGUUAUGUGGAAGAGAUGUAUUACGCAUGGCUGGAGAAUCCGAAAAGCGUCCACAAGUCUUGGGAUGCGUUUUUUCGCAGUGCUGAUGCUGGUGCCCCCCCUGGUGAGGUGCAUAUUAAACCGACCAUAAAUUAUCCAGAAAUGAUAGCACCAAUGAUUCAAAGCCAAAGUUAUGCCAUGGUACCAGCGAAAGCAGAGAAGUUGGUGGAAGACCAUUUGGCGGUACAGUCGUUGAUAAGAGCCUAUCAGAUCCGUGGUCAUCAUGUGGCUCAGCUGGACCCCCUGGGAAUCUUAGAUGCAGAUUUGGACUCAUUUGUACCCUCUGACUUAAUCACAACAAUUGAUAAACUAGGGUUUUAUGGCUUACAUGAAGCGGAUCUAGACAAGGUGUUCCGCUUACCAACCACUACCUACAUUGGAGGGAAUGAAUCAUCCCUCUCCUUGCGUGAGAUCAUCAGGAGAUUGGAGAACUCAUAUUGUCAGCACGUUGGACUGGAGUUUAUGUUUAUCAAUGAUGUUGACCAAUGCCAAUGGAUCAGACAAAAGUUUGAAACUCCUGGAAUCAUGAAAUUUACAUUGGAAGAAAAACGAACACUUCUAGCAAGACUUGUACGUUCAACUAGGUUUGAAGACUUCCUUGCCCGAAAAUGGUCAUCAGAGAAGAGGUUUGGCUUAGAAGGAUGUGAGGUGAUGAUCCCAGCAUUGAAGGCAAUCAUUGACAAAUCCAAUGAGAUGGGUGUGGAGUAUGUCAUAUUGGGCAUGCCUCAUCGGGGCAGGCUGAAUGUUUUGGCCAAUGUGAUUCGAAAAGAUUUGGAACAAAUCUUCUGCCAGUUUGACCCUAAACUGGAAGCUUCUGAUGAGGGGUCGGGGGAUGUGAAAUACCACUUGGGAAUGUAUCAUGAAAGAAUCAACCGCUCUACCAACAAGAAUAUAACUCUGUCGUUGGUAGCUAAUCCGUCUCACCUAGAGGCUGUGGAUCCUGUAGUUCAGGGGAAAACUAAAGCUGAACAGUUCUACCGAGGUGAUGCCCAAGGGAAAAAGGUGAUGUCAAUUCUUCUACAUGGUGAUGCAGCCUUUGCUGGUCAAGGUGUUGUAUAUGAAACCUUUCAUCUCAGUGACCUCCCUUCUUACACUACAAAUGGGACGAUCCAUGUGGUUGUAAACAACCAGAUUGGCUUCACUACAGACCCCCGCAUGGCUCGCUCAUCUCCAUACCCAACUGAUGUUGCACGGGUGGUAAAUGCGCCAAUAUUUCACGUGAACGCUGAUGACCCUGAAGCCGUAGUGUACGUGUGCAACGUAGCUGCAGAGUGGAGAAAUACUUUUAAUAAAGAUGUGGUUGUAGACUUGGUUUCCUACCGCCGCAGUGGACACAAUGAGAUAGACGAGCCCAUGUUCACCCAGCCAUUGAUGUACAAGCAGAUACAAAAGCAGGUGCCAGUUUUGAAGAAAUACGCAGACAGGCUGAUUUCUGAGGGUGUUGUGACCCUGCAGGAGUUUGAGGAAGAGAUUGCAAAAUAUGACAAAAUCUGUGAUGAAGCUUAUACACAGUCAAAAGACAAGAAAAUCCUAAAUAUAAAGCACUGGCUAGAUUCUCCAUGGCCAGGCUUUUUCACUUUGGACGGAGAGCCAAAAAGUAUGACCUGCCCCCCAACUGGAAUCCCAGAUGAAAUGCUGUCACAUAUUGGCAAUGUAGCUAGUUCUGUACCUGUCAAGGACUUUAAAAUUCAUGGAGGACUCUCUAGAAUUUUGAAAAGCAGAUUGGAGAUGACAAAAAGCCGCAUUGUCGAUUGGGCAUUGGCAGAAUACAUGGCAUUUGGCUCCCUGCUGAAGGAAGGAAUUCACGUCAGACUCAGUGGGCAAGAUGUAGAGAGGGGAACUUUUAGCCAUCGUCAUCAUGUGCUGCAUGAUCAGGAGGUAGACCGCCGCACGUGUGUACCCAUGAAUCAUUUGUGGCCAAAUCAAGCUCCAUACACCGUGUGUAACAGUUCGCUGUCUGAAUAUGGUGUCCUGGGUUUUGAGCUUGGUUUCGCCAUGGCAAGUCCCAAUGCGUUGGUGCUAUGGGAGGCCCAGUUUGGUGACUUUCACAAUACGGCACAGUGUAUUAUUGAUCAGUUUAUCAGUUCAGGACAAGCCAAAUGGGUCCGUCAUAAUGGAAUUGUGCUCCUUUUACCUCACGGAAUGGAAGGAAUGGGGCCUGAACAUUCUUCAGCCAGACCUGAAAGGUUUCUUCAGAUGAGCAAUGAUGAUUCGGACGCGUAUCCUGAGUUUACUCAGGAUUAUGAAGUUCACCAGCUCUAUGACUGUAACUGGAUUGUUGUGAACUGUUCUACGCCAGCCAACUACUUUCAUGUUCUCAGGAGGCAAAUUCUUCUGCCCUUUCGCAAACCUCUGAUUGUUUUUACACCAAAGUCACUGUUGAGGCACCCUGAGGCCAAGUCUAGCUUUGACGAUAUGAAAACAGGAACACAUGUACAGCGCAUUAUUCCGGAAAAUGGUUCGGCGUGUCAGAAUCCCCAAGAGGUUAAACGGGUUAUUUUUUGUACCGGAAAAGUGUAUUACGAACUUGUCAAAGAAAGGCAACAUAAAAAUCUGGAGAAAGAAGUAGCGAUUACAAGGCUAGAACAGAUAUCGCCGUUUCCAUUUGACUUGGUGAAGAAGGAAGUAGAGAAAUAUGCAGGAGCCGAGCUGAUCUGGUGUCAGGAAGAACACAAGAAUAUGGGAUAUUAUGAUUAUGUUAAACCUCGUUUCCUGAACAUUCUUAGCCAUAAAAGACCGAUUUGGUAUGUUGGCCGUGACCCAGCAGCAGCCCCAGCAACGGGUAACAAGAACACUCACCACGUAGAACUCAGGCGCUUUUUGGACGUAGCUUUCAAUUUACAGUCUUUUGAAGGCCUAACGUUUUAAUGUUACAUAGCUUUCAAAUAUCCCAAGAUAGCAUAAUAAAUCAGUAUUUAAAAUGUGUUAAAUCACAUUUUUUUUUUCUGGUUUCCUAAUCUACAUGUCUGUGGAUGUACAGGGUACACUAUAUAGAUGACAUCAGCACCUAUAACCAGCUGGGAAAUAUAGCACAGAAGCUUAUAAUGUUUUUUUAAAGCAAAUAUCUAUGCUGUGUAUCAUACAGUUAUUGCACUUUAAAUUGUAUACAGUACUGCAAUAUGCUUCAAACAUCAGGUAUGUUACAAUGUUCAUAAAUACUAGGAUUGACUUUCUAAAUGGCAAUAAUGCUGUUAUCACUCUUGUUAAGAAUAAUAAUCUCAUCUACUGGUGCUCUCUUAUUAAUGUCAACCGUGUGCUAUCCCCAAAGGGUCUGCAAAUCCAACAAUCCAUCCUAAUUCUUUUAGUCUCAUUGGAAAAUGGAAAUUGGAAGAAAGAUCUGUCACAACACAGAAUUUUAAAUAGUGAGAACAAUAUAUUUGCAUUAAAGGGAUACUUUUUUCUUUCAUGAUUCAGAUAGAGCAUGCGAUUUUAAGCAACUUUCUACUCUACUCCUACUUUACUCCAUUUUCUUCCUUCUUUUAGUAUAUAUUUAUUUGAGAAGCAGGAUUUGAACUUUAGGAGCCGGCCCGUUUUUGGUUCAGCAUCAGGGUAGCGCUUGCUGAUUGGUGGCUAAAUGUAGCCAACAAUCAGCAAGCACUACCCAGGAUUCUGAACCAAAAAUUGUCUGGCUCCAAUGCUUAGAUUCCUGAUUUUGCUUUAUGUGACUCAUGAAAAAAAAUUGGGUUUUGUAUCCCUUUAAAUGUAACUCUUACUAACGUCCUAUGAAGAAAACAUAAGAAAUACUUAAUGACUUUAGAAUAUUGAAUGUAUAAUAAAAUUAUUCCAGUUGCCUCGUCUCUGAGCAAUAUUGGUUUUGUUUGUAUUAGUGAUUGAUAUUUAUAUAGUGAAAAACCUUAUAUUUGUAUCUAUCUAUUUAUCUUAGUUUAUUAGGUUAUUUUUUCCUGUGUUUUAUGUAUACAUUUUAAAAUACAGCAGCAAUGUUUCCCUUAUUUAAAAACCAAUUAAAAUGAUGAGAAUCAACAGUAAAUCUGUAAUCAUGAUUGUAAAGAAUAAAUGGUCAAAUUGAAUAAAAAUGAAAAUGUAACAAUGAAUAUAAUAAAUUAUAUACAAUAAUAUAGUGACA